ACGCUCCCACAUCUCUGACCUGCCAGUGUUACUGUUUACCAAGCUCCUCGUAAUGUCAUUCAGCCGUCACGUUUGCGAUCAGCUCCUGUGAUCCGCAAGGUUCUCCUCACCCACACUUAAAAUGAGCACGUCCAAGACCAAACCCGAGAAAAAUGGAGUGGCAAAGAGCUCCAAUAUACCGUCAGUCAUGACUAGAGCGUUCACCAGUAACUCUUCGUGGCCGGAUAAGGAUGAGUUUUUGGAUGUAAUAUACUGGGGUCGACAGGUGCUUGGGCUUGUGCUAGGGCUCGUGUGGGGCUUCAUACCUCUGAAGGGCUUCAUUGGGCUUUUCUUAUUUUGUGUAAUCAAUGCAGCGGUUAUAUACUUCUAUGCUUCAAGUUUCCAAGGCAUUGAUGAAGAAGAAUUUGGAGGAAUGUGGGAAUUAACGAAAGAAGGAUUUGUCACGUCUUUUGCAGGUUUUUUGGUGAUGUGGAUUAUACUCUACUCAGGUUUACAUUAUGACUGACGAUCCAAAGGAGAGAAGACUUCAGGCUGUGGUAAUAUCAAUUAUUGUAAAUUCAUUUUCAUCUCAUUGUUGUCCAAAUGUCUUGAUCUUACGUCUGUAUAAAGUUACAUCUCCCACCAGUUAUGCCUUCGUUUUGUUAGUCGUAUUUUGUAUUUUAAAAGAAUACACCUGUUACUUGAAAACUAACAGUUUGAUUUAGACAGGUCUAUUUUAUGUAUCAAGGUUUGUAAAUGCUUUGUAUACUAUUAAAGAGGGCAAAUAUAAUUUUAUAAUUAGUGUUUAGAGAAAAUGGAUAAUGUACUGGUUAUGUCGGUCCACAUGCUUUACCUUCAAUUGUUUAGUUUUGCUCCUAUUAUUUUUAGGGAAACAAAGGUCUUCUAAAAUUAUAAAAUGUGGAAAGAUUACUGUAUAAUUAUGACAUAGGUGUUUCUGUCAUAAUAUAUACAGCAUUGACUCUUUGGGAACAACUCAUAUUUAAGUAGUAAAAUCUAGUAGUAAGUGUUUCUUAGGCAAAUUUGUGAGGCAGUAUGCCCUUUUCAAGACUUAUCUUCACAAAACUUGUACUUAU